AUGGGUACAGCUGACAGCUCACAGAUGCAAAUGAACCCCGUAUCCAAGAUACAAUGCGCCAAGAAGGAGAAAGACACUUCCCCGCCGCCACACAACUCGCCGCGACACGAGGCUCGGGAUGCCACGCCCAGAUAUGACGUCAGGGACGCCACGCCCAGAUAUGACGUCAGGGACAACACGCCCAGAUACGACCGGGACAACUCGCCGAGACACGAGCAGAAGGAUAUACGCGAUUCCAUAGACUCGCCGCGGUUCGAAGUGCACGACAGCCCGCGCCGCGAGUCCCCGCGACCUUCACCCCGCCCGGACGGCAGCGAGCGGGACCGGACCAACAAGAUGCUGUCUGGAGCCCCCGGAGGCAGAUGCGAGGUCACCAGGAUCGUGCGCCAGCUGUGCGGCGGGGAUGCUGCGGGAGGUAGAAACGAGCGUGUGACCGGUGCCAAGAACGCUCAAUUGCUCUGCGUCAACGGGUCCAGCCCGCGACAGCCGAGCACCCCUCAACUGCUGAGAAUACUGGAAGAGACAAUCCAGAAGAAAGUGCCCAAGACGUUCUUUCCCAAGAGCAGCCCUAGCAAGAACGCGGAGCGGUUCCGGCUGACGUUCAACAUUCCGGAGCGCACGGCGGAGCGCGUGUUCCAGUACCGCACCAAGUUCGUGCAACAUAUGCUGGCCAGCCCCAUGUACGCCAACUGCGCCGUGGGCAAGCCCUGGGAGAUGGUGGGCAGAACUCGGAACGGUUCCAACAUCCCGGAACAGUACCGCAGCAAGUUUGUGCAACAUACGCUGGCCAGCCCCAUGUACGCCAACUGCGCCGUGGGCAAGCCCUGGGAGAUGGUUGGAAGCGUGUCGGAGCAGCUGAUCGACGAGCUACUCAGCGGAGUAGCUCACGAGUUGCAACUCCGCGGCGCCGUGCGCGCGCUCUACGACGCCGAGACGCACUGA